UUCUGCAUCCAGCUUAUGUUGGGUACAGCAGCAGUGGGAGCUGUCAAGGAGCCAGCAACCUGAUCCUCGGCCCAGGCCCAUUUUAGUGCAGCCCACUGGUUGUGGCUCCCUAGAGACUAUACACCCUCUGGGGAUUUGAGCUCUUGCCACUCUCCCUGCCUGCCCCUCCUUGCUACUGACAUGGCUUCGGCACUGGGGGCUCCAGGGAGGACAGCUGUACCAGCUCUGCCUACCGGCAACUCCUCCAGCUGGGGAGUUCCUGGCGGUUUCUGCUCCCAUUGCACUGCUUGGGCGCUGAAAAAGAGUGCCGCAGACCAGAGACUUUGGCCUGAAACAUGUAUUCUCUCAGCGAUGGGCUACUUGGCUGAUUAGCAGGUGCUGAGCUGAGGCUCCCGAAGGACGAGCUAAAAACAUUUGUUGUUCUGAAGAAAGCGUAAAACGUGUCCCUGGAAAAAGAUUUGCUGCGUGGAGCUUCUUAUGCUACUAAAGAGACUGAGAACAGGGUCACAGCCACUGGCCCUGUGCAUUCCCAAGGGCGCUCUCACAUCCUGUCCAGCCCAGCCACUCCUGGCAAACAGCCAAACCGAUUCGGGGGGAGGGCGGGGGCACGGGUAUGUUUAUUUCUCUGUGUUUACGGAUGCCUCCUCUUCCCCAGAUUUUCUGACUGAAGAUGAUAUUUACUGCUGCUGCCUCUCCAAGACACUGCUGCACACCUCUACGCCCGUGACCAUCGGCUUCUACUGUCCCGUUGGGAGCCGUUUUAAUUCGCUGCUUGAUAAAAUAACAGCCUGCAUGCUCAAAGAAUCCAUUCAGAGAGAAGAAGAGGAGCUGAGAAAAUCAAACCAAAAGCCAAGAAGACCUGAAGGUUGGGGCUAUUUUCUUCUCCUGUGGUAUCUGCUCUUCUACCAGCCAGUGAUCACUGAAAUCCACCUGAGGAGGGAGAACAUUCAGUUCCUCUUCAUCAGAUUUAGUGCUUGGCAAUAUGCCGGCAGCGACAAGCUGUGGGCAGGGCUGGUCACCACGCUCUGUCAAAGCAUCCGCAAGCACUUUGGUGCCCUGCCUUUGAGCUUUUACCACGUGAUGGGGAAAAGGCCCAGAUUUGCCUCUGGCUUUAGCCAAGACGAAUGGCUUCUCAACAAGCGGACCUGUCUUACGUUAGGAGGCCUCGUGUUUGUCCUAGUGUCAGGCGUAAGCCUGCUCUCAGUGGCGAUCUUUGUUCCAGGAAUAAAAGACAGCAGUGCGUUAAAGGUCAUUGGCAGUGCUACCACCGGCCUGUCUGGAUCAGGAAUAUUAGUGACUGUUUUCUCUGUGGUUAAGAACAUGGUUAUCAGCCAGAAGCAGAAAAUUGAGAAGAUGACAGACAGUGAGAAGUUUAGCAGUCACCUAGGCUUCAUGAGCCAAGUGAAGAAGGAAAUCGAGAUGCUGACCAGCUUUGUGUAUUACAUGGAGAUCUAUCAGAGACGGCGGCUGCGCAUAGUGCUGGAGAUCACCAGUUUGGAUAUGUGCUACCCAGAGAGGGUCGUUGGGGUUUUGAAUGCAAUAAAUACUUUGCUCUCGGACACUAACGCCCCAUUCAUUUUCAUCCUGGUGAUAGAUCCCAGCAUCAUUGCAUCGUGUUUGGAACAAACCAGCUGCAUGAAAGGAAUGGCCGACAACGGGUACCUGUUCCUGAACCGCACGGUGACUUUGCCUUUUUCAAUACCAGAGAUGGGCACAAAGUCCAAACUGCAGCAUUUGCAAGAUGCUGUCCAGAGCCGGGAGGACCUGAUGUACAAAAUCAUCACAAAAAACAUGGAAAGGGGAGUCAGGAACGUAAAGGGGAAAAUGAUAAAGCUGGUAGAUAUGGAGAUGUCCAGUGAAUUGGACCAAAGCCAAAUCGAUGCUCAAGCUGUGAGGUAUAUUCAUGAAGCAUUUCAUGCUCUGCACGAUGACACUGAUUGUCUCUAUAAAUACAUUCCAGAUAGCAUUAUUCAAAUGAAAAGGAUAGUCAACACAAUUCCCAUCACCAUCAGACUCAUGCUGCAGCAGAACCUUAUGAGACAUACAAUGUCUGCAAGGUCCGUGGCUGCAUGGGUGGUCAUGGCUAAUCAAUGGCCAUGCCGCUUGAGUUGGGUGUUGCAGUGCCUUGAGGACAGGCUGCAGAUUCGACCAACGGAGGAGUACAGGAACCAGUCCUUAUGGGGAAUCUUCGUGGAAAACUGUAAAGAGCUGUACUCCAUGCACAAAGUCCUCCAGAACAUCUUGGCCUUGGAUGGGGACCCAGAACUCUUUGGGAAUUUUUUGUCUAAUGAUUUUCCUUUCACAGUACAGGAGGCCAACACCUUUCUAAAGUCCACAAUCAAUCUGGACCAUUCAAUAAGGCAUAAAUUGGGACUAAUACGAGGAGUUAAUUCACUGAAUAAGGCAAAUGAUACAAGCGUAACUAAGUUUUCACCUGUCCAGGUGUCUACGGGUGUGCAGUGUUCUGGUAUAGAGGAAUGCAGUUAA